AUGAUUGUCGAAAUACAAGAGGAGGUUAGAGGAAAGAGGCCUUUUAAGAUAUGGGACAGCUCCCGAAAUGUAAGGAAGGGGCUGGUCGUAACAAGUUUUGAAGAAUUAAUACACAGAGGAAAGGAAAAGCUCUCGGUAGCAGCGGGUGAGCCGGUGCGGCUAGUGUUGGAGAGCGACGGGACGCAGGUUGAGGACGGAGACUACUGGCGAACCCUUCCUCCUAAUACUGUGCUGCUUCUUCUACGGCCCGGCGAGCGCUGGUAUCCCACUGGUGUCGACGUUAUUAAGGCUGCCAUAUCUGCAAUACCGAAAAUAGUAUGCGAGACGAUCCACGCGCUCGAGUUACACGAUGAGACCCCUUCAUGGAAAAUCAUGGACAACAAAGGGCGCGUCACCGUCGUGCUGCACUGGGACCAGCGGCCGCAGGCAUCGCCGGCCGCGCGUUCACCCAGCCGUCAGGUUAAGCCUGACAGGCGUCCUUCGCUCGUUAUCCAGACGUCUGUGGAUCGACCGCAGCCGCCUCCACCCCACAUAACCGUGGUUAAUCAUGACGAGCCAGGGCCGGCGAGACCGCGUCUGGCACGCGCAGGUUCCUCCCUCGACCAUCAUGUACACACGGCCGAGUGCCGGGCUGCCCCACCGGCACACGCUCCGCGGCCUGCCGCCGACGAGUGCGACUUCCAUUGCUGCGCGCUGCACGAGGAGGGCCGCCGUAUCGCGGUGCACAAAAGUGUCGCCACCUCGCCCAUCCAGGACGCUCAGCCGCGUGCCUCGCCGCAGGGCCGACCCAAAGGUCACGUGCGCUUUUUAGACGCAGAAUCGGCUCGCCGCGGCGAUCGGGACUCAUCCGAGAGCGAGACAGAAAACACUCUCGUCGAGGACGAGGCCGUCACGUCCGAGAAAUUUCUGCUCCUUAUAGACCAGCUGAGCGUCGACCAGAAGCGGCACCUGACGAUCAAAGAUAUAGGUAUCAUUUUAGAGCGGCUCAGCUCAAAAAUUUUAGACGUGGAGCGGUUAGACAGGGAAUCAGAGUCCGACGACUGCUACAAUUGGACGAUCAAAGCGACGAUAAGAGGGGACGCGCUGCGCGAGCUCGGUGUUAUUUAUAACGGUAAUUACUACGCGAUUAGCGAGCACCCCGGUUAUCGGGAGGAGAACGAGGAAGCGGGAGACGAGGGUGAAGAAGAAGAAGAAGAAGAUCGACUCUGA